UUCGUUAAUCCAAACACUCACUUCAAUCUCUCUUUCCAUUUGACCAAAAAAAAAAAAAAAUCUCUCUUUCCAUCGCCGGAGAAACCAUCGGAAACCACCAACGUCACCGUUGCCGCCAUGGAAGGAGGUGGAGGAACGCUCUCUGAGGUUCACCAAAAAGCAAAGAAACUUCUGCUCAGGUCCCGCGACGGCCUCGAACGCCUCGAGCGGCUCGAGCACUCUGCCGCCGGCGUCGACUCGGAGCUAUCAUUCGCCGUGAAGAAGGAUAUCGCUCAGGUCCAAUCCCUCUGCGUCGAGAUGGACCGCCUCUGGGGAUCCGUCGGUGGCAAACCCCAGCGCGAUCUGUGGAGAAGAAAAGUGGAACAAAUAGCGGAAGAGGCUGAAUCACUGAAAGAGAGUUUGGAUAAAUUUAACUUAAGGAAUCAGAAACGGAUUAGUGAAGCUAAAGAGAGAGCUGAGCUUCUAGGACGAGCUAAUGGGGAUUCUCACGUUAUGAGGAUUUUCGAUGAGGAAGCACAAGCAAUGCAGUCAGUUCGUACUUCUGCUCGGGAGCUGGAAAAUGCUAAUGCAAUUGGGGAGGCCAUUCUUUCUUCAAUACAUGGCCAAAGGGAACGCUUGAAGAGUGCACAUCGAAAGGCACUGGACAUCCUGAAUACAGUGGGGAUAUCAAACUCUGUUCUGAGGCUAAUUGAGAGACGAAACCGUGUCGACCAGUGGAUCAAAUAUGCAGGGAUGCUAUUAACUGUUAUUUUCUUGUUUGCCUUUGUUUUCUGGAGACACUGACUGUAGUCAGGUGUUGAAAAACAUGCUUCGGAAGAUUUUUGUGAAAAGGAUAGUGAGAUACAAAAUAUGGCCGAGUAGCAAAGGAAAACCUGUGCACCAUUCUAUAUAGCAUACAGAAGUCAGAAGUGGUCACUCUUCAUGUUUAUUAUUGUCCAUAAUUUGGCUGGAAAAGUAUUUUCUGAGUAUAUUUUUGUGUAAACUUUCUUUUAUUUUCCAUGUAGAGAGAAAAUGUUGAUGAAUAUUAUGCAAAUUUGAAGAAUCAGAUGAGUGAAACUCAGACAAUGUUUUCUUA